AGGAAACAGUUAAGUGUUUAGAGAGAGGCUGGUGGCGGCGUGGACCGUGUUCGGGAGACCUUCACCUCUACCACCACCACACUCCUCCUAACACAUAACAAGUGUUCCUUUCUUGCAACACAGUAACGUGUAUUAUAACGUAACUAGUCACGCUAUACCGCCAAGAUGACUGUGAUGCAACGUGUUGUGAAGCCCCGCACGCAGAGGGCAAAGCGUGCCUUGGUACGACGGGAAUCGAAGAUUAUUGAAAACACUAAGCAGUGUUUAUUUUUUUAUGGGCAAAAAACCAGCAAUGCCAUUCGACAGUGUCUGAAAGAUUUUUACUCCCUCAAGAAACAGGAUGCACAACACCUUCAGAAGAAGAAUCCCAUCUUACCUUUUGAGGAUAUUCUUCCAGUAGAGAGACUGUCACAGAAGCAUGAUGCAUCGCUCUUUUGUAUGGCAACACACUCAAAGAAAAGACCAAACAACUUGAUUUUGGGCCGAAUGUUUGACCACCAUAUUUUGGAUAUGGUGGAACUUGGAUUAGAAAAUUACAAAGGCCUUGAAGAAUUCAAGAAUACAAAAAUUUCUGCUGGCACUAAACCCUGCAUGGUCUUUUGUGGAACUCAGUUUGAGGAUGAGACUGAAUUCAAAAGGCUAAAAAAUCUGUUGAUAGACUUCUUUCGGGGCGUGGAAGCAUCGGUGGUACGGUUGCAAGGCUUUGAACAUGCACUCCACUUCACAGCCAUAGAGGGAAAAAUACUCUUUAGAAGCUACAAAAUAUUACUUAAGAAAUCAGGUACAAGAAUUCCUCGUGUGGAGCUAGAAGAAAUAGGCCCAUCAUUGACUCUUCAUCUUAGACGCAAUAUAUUUGCCUCAGAGGACCUGAUGAAGAGAGCCUGUAAACAACCAAAACAACUUAAGCCUAAUAAGGUGAAGAAUAUAAAGAAGAAUGUAUUUGGAACAAAAUUAGGCCGUGUGCACAUGACCAAGCAAGAUUUGGGCAAGCUACAAACACGAAAAAUGAAAGGUCUCAAGAAAGUAUCCAAUAAGAAAGUUGAUUCUCCAGGCGAAGAAGCAUCCACAGCACCAUCAAUGGACGUUGAUCAGUAAUGCAAAAUGUGUAAAAAGUUGUGCCCUUUUUUUCAUACAAAUUUAGCAUUAAUAUGGCUAAAGCUACAUGUGUUUAGACAACCAUUGCAUAUGAAAAUAUUAUGUUUAAGGGGCCGAUAGUUUUUUUGAACUGUUCAAUGUCAACCCAUAUUUUUUGACUAGUUGUAUAUAAAAAGAGCUGCAAUUUUUAAAUUAUUGCAAGUUUCAGUACUGCAGCCUAAAUAGAAAGGGAGAUUUUUCAUUUUUAUUUUUUCAACAAAUUUUACACAUUUUCA